UUUGAAUUUCUUCAUUCAGUAUAUUAUCUUCUUCAAAGCUGCUUUGCUUUUAAUUUCUAUAAAAUCUUAAUCCUAAAAACGAAAACUGUUGUUGAUCGUUUCCAUUUUCUAUAUGUGAAGAAAAUUCAAAUGUGAAACAUCGUAUCGACCGCCGGAUCGGGAUCGGAGCCCUCUCCUCGUUGCAUUUUGACCUUCCGAUCGCAAUGUCUUGGGGACUAGGAUGGAAACGUCCUUCGGAGAUCUUCCGUUUAUCUCUAAACUACGGUUACGAACAAUCCGCGGAAGAUCUAAACGAUACACCACAGGCGAGUUCGUCUUUGGCUUCACUGGAAUCGUCAACGCCUCAAGAUCAGAACGAUCUAGGGUUUAGGAUCGAUCUGGAUUGGGUUGCGGGGGAUGACGAGGAUCAGGUGGCGAUAAGGCUGCAAUCUAAAUUGAUGGUGGCGCUUCCAGUGCCGCAAGAUACGGUGUCGGUCGAAUUGAGGGAGACGGAUGGAAAUUCAGUUGGAGUUGAGAUGAAGGUGGAGAAGAGAAAGGAGCCAUUGCGGGCGGUUACGAUGGUUAAGGCGGCCGGGUCAGGUCAGCAGAGUGAUGGAGUCGGAGUUUUGGUUCGGUUGUUACGGUCGAAUUUGGUUCCCUCUGGUGAUAGUGGCCUGGUGUCUUGCGGUGACCAUUGGAGGAGUACCACUUUGCUAAGCCUUUGCGGUUGUGGUUUAACGACACUGCCGGUUGAGCUAACUCAAUUGCCUAUUCUGGAGAAACUAUAUCUUGAUCACAACAAGCUCUCUGUAUUACCACCUGAGCUUGGUGAACUAAAAACCUUAAAAGUACUAAGGGUUGACAACAACAUGCUUGUUUCUGUUCCUGCGGAGCUGAGACAGUGCGUCGGGCUGGUGGAACUAUCAUUGGAACAUAACAAACUUGUCCGGCCUCUUCUCGACUUCAGGGCUAUGGCUAAGUUAGAAAUUCUUAGGUUAUUUGGUAAUCCACUUGAAUUCCUUCCUGAAAUCUUGCCUUUACACAAGCUACACCAUUUGUCCCUUGCAAAUAUCAGGAUUGUGGCUGAUGAAAAUAUAAGAUCGGUGAAUGUGCAAAUAGAGAUGGAGAAUAGUUCUUAUUUUGGUGCAUCUAGACACAAGCUGAGUGCAUUUUUCUCUCUCAUAUUCCGCUUUUCAUCUUGUCAUCACCCUUUGUUGGCCUCUGCAUUGGUAAAGAUAAUUAUGCAAGACCAGGGGAAUCGUGUGGUUGUUGGUAAAGAUGAGAAUGCAGUGAGACAGCUCAUAAGUAUGAUAAGUAGUGACAACCGCCAUGUGGUUGAACAAGCCUGCUCUGCUCUAUCAACUCUUGGUGGAGAUGUUUCUGUGGCAAUGCAGUUGUUGAAAUGUGACAUCAUGCAACCCAUUGAAACUGUUUUGAAGUCCCCUGACCCAGUAGAACUGGUUUCUGUGCUACAAGUUGUGGUCACAUUGGCAAUCGGAUCUGAUACUGUAGCUCAGAAGAUGCUAACCAAGGAUGUUUUGAAAUCAUUAAAAUUACUUUGUGCGCAUAAAAACCCAGAGGUGCAAAGGCCUGCUUUGUUAGCCGUUGGGAAUUUGGCCUUCUGUCUGGAGAAUCGCCGCAUUCUUGUCACCUCUGAAAGCUUGAAGGAGCUUCUCAUGAGACUGACAGUUGCACCCGAACCACGUGUGAAUAAAGCUGCUGCUCGUGCUUUGGCAAUUCUUGGAGAGAAUGAAAACUUGAGACGUGCUAUAAGAGGAAGACAGAUACCAAAGCAAGGCCUACGCAUACUCUCAAUGGAUGGAGGUGGCAUGAAAGGUCUUGCAACUGUGCAGAUCCUUAAAGAAAUUGAGAAGGGAACUGGAAAGAGAAUACAUGAGCUAUUUGACCUUAUCUGUGGGACAUCAACUGGAGGCAUGCUUGCUGUUGCCCUUGGGAUUAAAUUGAUGACCUUGGACCAAUGUGAAGAAAUAUACAAAAAUCUUGGAAAACUUGUCUUUGCUGAACCUGUGCCAAAGGAUAAUGAAGCCGCAACUUGGAGAGAAAAGUUGGAUCUGCUUUAUAAAAGUUCUUCACAGAGUUUCAGAGUUGUUGUACAUGGAUCUAAACACAGUGCAGAUCAGUUUGAAAGGUUGCUAAAGGAAAUGUGUGCUGAUGAGGAUGGCGACCUACUAAUCGAAUCUGCUGUGAAAAACAUUCCUAAAGUUUUUGUUGUGUCAACUUUGGUGAGCGUUAUGCCGGCUCAGCCAUUUAUAUUCCGCAAUUAUCAGUAUCCUGUGGGAACGCCAGAGGUGCCUCUUGCAAUAUCAGAAAGUUCAGGAAUUACCAUUCUAGGAUCUCCAACUACAGGUGCUCAAGUCGGCUACAAACGAAGUGCUUUUAUGGGAAGUUGUAAACACCAUAUAUGGCAAGCUAUAAGAGCUUCUUCUGCUGCCCCAUAUUAUCUUGAUGAUUUCUCAGAUGAUGUAUACCGCUGGCAAGAUGGUGCUAUAGUGGCAAACAAUCCAACUAUCUUUUCCAUAAGAGAAGCACAACUUUUAUGGCCCGAUACAAAAAUUGACUGUAUAGUUUCAAUUGGUUGUGGUUCCGUACCUACAAAGGCACGAAAAGGUGGUUGGCGUUAUCUAGAUACUGGGCAAGUGCUGAUCGAGAGUGCAUGCUCUGUGGACCGAACUGAGGAAGUUAUGAGUACAUUGAUACCUAUGCUUCCUGAGAUUCGAUAUUUCCGGUUUAAUCAAGUUGAUGAACGUUGUGACAUGGAGCUGGAUGAGACUGAUCCAACAGUUUGGAUGAAGUUGGAAGCUUGCGUAAAGGACUACAUUGAAAACAAUUCUGAGGCCUUCAAGAAUGCAUGUGAAAGACUUCUUCUGCCCUUUGCACAUGAUGAGAAGUGGACAGAAAAUUUGAAAUCUCAAUAUUUUGCCAUGGCAAAGGUGCCAAAUGCAGAUGAGAAUAGCCCUUCAUUAGGCUGGAGGCGAAAUGUACUACUUGUUGAAGCUUUGCAUAGUCCUGAUUCGGGAAGAAUUGUGCACCAUGCUCGUGCACUUGAGUCAUUUUGUGCUCGAACUGGAAUUAGAUUAUCUCUUUUGCAUGACAUAUCUGGAUUUUCGAAGACAUUACCGGCAACAACAUUUCCAACACCCUUUACUUCUCCUCUGAUCACUGGAAAUUUUCCUUCAAGCCCCCUUUUAUUCGGUACUGAUGCUGGCAUGCAGAAGCUUGGCCGAAUUGACACUGUCCCGCCUUUAAGCUUGGAUGGACUACAAUCAGGAAAAACAGCUACAUCACCCCCAACUUCUCCUCCAGCCUCCAGGCAGCUCUCUUUACCCGUGCGGUCUUUGCAUGAGAAGUUACAGAACCUACCACAAGUGGGCAUUAUACAUUUGGCCCUUCAAAAUGACUCAGUUGGCUCAGUACUAAGUUGGCAAAAUGACGUGUUUGUUGUGGCUGAACCUGGAGAACUGGCUGAUAAGUUUCUGCAAAGCGUUAAGCUGAGCAUGUUGUCAGUAUUACAGAGCCAGCGUCAGAAGGGUGUCUCGUCUUUUGCCAAUAUUACAACUAUUGCUGAUUUGAUCCGCUUUAAACCAUACUUCCAAGUUGGAAACAUUGGCCAUAGAUAUAUUGGACGCCAAACCCAAGUCGUGGAAGAUGAUAUUGAAAUUGCGGCAUACAUGUUUCGACGUACAGUCCCUUCUUUGCACAUGACACCCGAUGAUGUUCGUUGGAUGGUUGGAGCCUGGAGGGAUAGGAUCAUAAUCUUCACGGGAACUUACGGUCCCAACGCAAAUUUGAUCAAGGCCUUUCUAGAUUCCGGGGCCAAAGCUGUUAUAUGCCCUGCAGCUGAGCCCCAUGAUGCAUCAGUCAAUAUAACAGGAGAAUAUAACUCUAUGGAAAAUGGGAGGUUCGAGAUUGGUGAGGAAGAUGCCGAAGAUGAGGAGUUUGAGCCCGAACCCAUCAGUCCUGCAAGUGACUGGGACAGUGACAUGGAGAAGAAUGAGUACCUUCCUACAGGUUUUGGGGAUGAAGAAGAGGAACUAUCAAGGUUCGUCUGUCAGCUGUAUGACUCGAUAUUCCGUGAAGGCGCAAGUCUCGACGUUGCCCUCAAAAACGCGCUCGCCUCCAAUCGGAAGCUAAGGUAUUGCUGUCACCUUCCCAACGUAAAAUAGCUUGUUGAAUCAAUCCAACCAACAUUUCUAUA